CAUUCCCCUUCACGUCGAAAAAAUUACCAACCGACACGAACCUUUAACCUUCUCUUCUUCAUCAUCAUCAACUUCAAAUUCUGCCUAGCAUCAGAGCUCAUCUCGUCUUACUCUGAUAUUCGUUCGUUCUUCCAAUUGCCAAACAGAAGCAAUGGCGACGCAAACCAUCUACCCUAACAGCCACGUCGGUUUCGACAGCAUCACCUCUCAGAUUGAGCGCAAGCUCUUGAAGAGAGGCUUCCAGUUCAACGUCAUCUGCGUUGGCCAAACUGGUUUGGGAAAAUCGACUCUGAUCAACACCAUCUUCGCAUCCCACCUUAUCGACUCCAAGGGUCGAUUGGUUCCCGAUGAGCAGAUUCGAUCUACCACCGAGAUCCACCCCGUGUCGCACGUUAUCGAGGAGAAUGGCGUCCGCCUGAAGUUGAACAUCGUCGAUACCCCGGGCUACGGCGAUUUAGUCAACAACGACCGCUGCUGGGACCCCAUCGUCAAGUACAUCAAGGAUCAGCACUCCGCGUACCUACGAAAGGAGCUCACAGCACAGCGAGAGCGUUACAUCCCGGACACCCGUAUCCACUGCUGCUUGUUCUUCAUCCAACCUUCUGGACAUUCCUUGAAGCCCAUCGACAUUGUUGUGUUGAAGAAGCUUUCGGAUGUCGUCAACGUCGUACCCGUCAUUGCCAAGGCCGAUACCUUGACUCUGGAGGAGAGACAGGCUUUCAAGGAGCGCAUUAAGGAGGAGUUUGCUUUCCACAACCUCAAGAUGUACCCCUACGACAACGACGAGCUUGAUGAGGAGGAAAAGUCUAUUAACACUCAGAUCAAGAGCCUCGUCCCUUUCGCUGUUGUCGGUUCCGAGAAGUCGAUUAUCGUCAACGGCAAGCAAGUCCGCGGCCGUCAGAACCGAUGGGGUGUUAUCAACGUUGAGGACGAGAACCACUGCGAAUUCGUCUACUUGAGGAACUUCUUACUCCGAACGCACCUCCAGGAUCUCAUCGAGACCACUUCACAGAUCCACUACGAGACUUUCCGUGCCAAGCAAUUGUUGGCGCUCAAGGAGAGCAGCGCACAAGGCCACGGAAGCCGUCCGAUCAGCCCCGCCGCGGAUCGCGAGAUCAGCAGGAGCUCUCAACGAAUGACCAUGAAUGGUUACUAAUUAUUCGUUCCUUUUUGUGUCUGCUUUCUACGAGGCGUUCCUCGGUUUCAGAGGCUUUCCCAUCCUUGCGAGAGGUCCCUAAUUACCCCCUUACGACUAUUACAAUGAUCUACUCACCGAUGGCUAUGGCGUGACAUUGGGAGGGCAGCUCAUUUCAAGAAUGGCCAUGAUAAUCCCAAAAGUUAAUUUGGGAUGGGAUACCAAAAUUUUCUGUGUGGAAGACGAGUGUGCGUUAGGAGGCGUGUUCUAAAUGAAGGCCUACAUGACUGACCCCCUAUUGGGUUGUCCGAGCCUUGUUAUGUGUGUUUUGGCCAAGCAUACAGUUAUUCCAUCUACACAGUCUGGCGACUCGACGUUCUUAUUAUUUCCUUUUUUU